UCACACACAUGGCCCGGCGUGUUUGACUGAAAGGGCCUCACCCACCACCCCACCCGUCCCCGCCCGCACACAAUUGGCGUUCCACAGAUGGCAUGCGUUCAUGAAGGUCUGCCCGCUGGUCGCACACACGGGCUGAUGUACACCCCAACACGGCCUCGUGCACCCGUCGCCCUCCCUCUUUUCGGCGGCCCCCCGGCAUUUCCGCCGUCUCUCGAGCAGGUCGAUCAUUCUCUGCACGUGCUGCGAGUUGGGGCUGGGUGCGAAGCACCUGAUCCAGUCGACUUGGAAGGUGUUGCUGUCCUCGUUGGCUUCCCGGUGUGUGGUGGCGAUGGAGCUGAGGACGGUGUGCUGGGGGAGUGGCUGAAUGCCCUCAAACAGCUGCAGCUGAGACAGCUCGGAAUCCUCAUGCAAGAUGCCCUGGGGCAACACACACACACACACACACAGGGAGAGGGGAAACUGAUCGCCGGUGUGGCUAGCGCACAGCCACCGUGCACACGUAGCCCACCUGUAUGUGUGGAUUGUCGCUCUCGCCUUCGUUGGGCACGUGAAGGUCCCCUCCUUCCUGUACCCCCACACACGCAAGCAAGCCGUCACGUGAGUGCCCCACCACUGUGUGCGCGCGCGUACGUAGAAAGCGACGUAAAAGUCGUUGAAUUCCAUGGAGAACACCCUGUCCGUCAUGGUCAGAUUCCGAAACUUGGGUAAGUUUGUCCAGGCGAUGGAAUCCUUUUCUCUGAGAGGCUGGUUUCUCGUCUGUGAGCCCACGAUCCUAGCCGUCUCCUCGACACACAGAUCGGCUGCCGUCUGGUUGUCGUUGACGCUGGCCCUGAUGGCGUCGCCGAAUGCCCUCUCGAUUGCUUGUGACGCGUUGGCCAGCUGAUAGUCGACCACUUCUCUGGGCUUGAACAUAUACGCCCCUUGGUAGGUCAUGAGAGUGCCAUCGAGGUUGGGUGGGUGGACUGUCAUCUAGAGAGGGAAACCCGACAUGCAUCGACAGUGACCCACAGGUACGUACGCAAAAUACCUGUUCGAACAUGUCCAUCUCAAGAUAGAAAAAAUCGUCUGUCUCUAGUGCAGAAUCAGAUCCCGCCGGUUUUCCCCGUGUCCACACCUGGAUAAAAUCGGGUCCACAGAGAAACGGACAUAGAAGGAGCCUUCAUCUCUUUCCAUUCAUCCCUUCUUACGGUCUCAUGGUACCCGUAAUUGCCCUCAACCCUGCACAAUACCCGCACACACAACACACACACAAACAGACAUCGGUCGAAAUGCUCAUUCGCUCUGCUCACGUGACUUUCACGGUGCAAAAGAGAUUGGUCGUCGAGACCGAUUUUGCAGAAACAACGCCACCAGAGUGAUAGAUUGGAUCGCCGGCACAAUGCUGCCGCUCCCGACUCGCCAUCGGGGGCGGUGGCUGAGGCCCAUCCGAUGGACACACGAGCUCCGGCUCCUUGGUGGGGCAGUUGACAUCGUCUGGCCAAAAGUCGCUGGUCUUGUUGCCCACAAUCACGAGGUGGCCGUCGCGCACUGACACCUGCUCCGGGAGGCACUUACUCGCUCGGCACUCGCCCUCAUCACGAUACUGCCACUUCUGGGUGUCCAGGGCAUCGCCCUCAAACUCGUCCGAGAGCUCUGCACGCACCCAUCAAAAGACAAACAAGGUGAAGAGAAUGAGCUCGGUCUGGUCCUUUCCUGGCAUAAAUAGAUAGCCCUCAGGUGCUGCGUCGGUAAAGGGGUGGUCAUCCAGGAAGAUGGUCGCCGUCGGCUUGGGAGGGGCUCUGGCUGCGAUCUCCUGCCUCUGUUCUAGCGACAUGUCCGCGAGACAAGGGAAUGGAAUGCCUCGGGCCAUGUCACUCUUAGGGCAGCAUGGGACGUCGUUGGCCCCGUAGUCUGACCACUCGGCCACGGUCGAUAUGCAGCAGCCGGCAUCCAGAUCAUCAACAUCAGCAUCAGCAUCGCAGCCUGGCCCGAGGGUGCCAUCUUCGCGGCACUGGCAGGUAUUUUGGCCAUCGUAGUGGGUAGUGCAGCCGACGGGGCACUGACGGCCUGCAUGAGAAAGAGACAGAAAGUCUGGAGUGUGUGCAUCAUGAUGUGUGCGUGUGAGUGUUGGUGUAUUGCUCACCGACAGGCUUGCAGCAGAGAGGGACCGUCAGAACUCCCCCUUCGCUCUGCUGGUCCGGCACGAACGACAGGAAGGCGCUCUCAUUCCCGAGCGGAACUUCACCUGGCGGCAGCUCAGGCAAGGCGCCGCCCAUCAACAGAACAUCAGAAGCUGACAUCCGAAGGCAGCCAUCGCCGCAGUCCUCAUCGUCCACCAACCGGUGCGAAGCAUCGAUAUCGACCUGCAGGAGCAGAGGGGCUCUGCUUGGCACGAGCCGCCUGAGGUCCUCGCAGCUGUCCGCCUCUCUGAUCCGCAAGUCUUUGACUGCCACGCAUCCUGUGCGGUCGUGUGCGGCAUGUGGCCGGCCACCAGAGGGCCACAU